AUUACCAGUGUUUCUGUGUAUGGCAAACUCUAAGUAAGGUUGUGUUUUAAUGUCUUAAGGUUUCUUAUGCUAUUCUGGCAUUGGUUUUACUUUUGUCGUUUAAGGAGAGUUUGGUUGGGGUUUUUUGUUUGGGGCGUUUUUUGCUUCCUAUGCAUGCUUUCAGUCUUGGCAGUCUAUGCAGCGUCCCAGUAUUUUUGGAUCAUACAGUCUGUGUAGUUCCCAAAUCUUUAUAUUGGAUGUGCUUCAACAUUUUGGCUUGGUAUCUGAAAUCUGCCUUACACAGAUGAUAUUUACACGUGUUUCUCUGUGUUGGGAAAUGAGUGUUCUACCUUGUGUCACUGGACUCAGGACCUACUGUCACUCUGUGAUUGCUGAUCCAUGCUUGACUGCCUCAAGGGGUCCUGGCAAGAUGGCAUCUUCCAGACUUCCCAUCCUUCUAGCAUUGGCAUUUUCCUCUUUGUCCUUUGUUCUUUCCCAUUUGAACAGGGAGAUGUGGUUUCAGGAUUUCUUUCCACCUAACGUGUGCCCUAUAAAUGCCAAAGCCAACACUUUUUACGGCAUAAUGUUUGACGCAGGAAGCACUGGAACCCGGAUUCACAUUUACACCUUUGUGCAGAAGAGCCCAGAAAACCUUCCAGAGUUGGAAGGGGAAAUCUUUGAGUCUGUGAAGCCAGGUCUUUCUGCAUAUGCUGAUCAGCCUGAAAAGGGUGCUGAAACUGUCAGAAGAUUGCUGGACAUGGCCAUAGAUGCUGUGCCACCUUAUCUCUGGAAGAAGACCCCAGUAGUGUUAAAAGCCACAGCUGGACUGCGCUUGCUGUCGGAGGAGAAAGCUCAGGCUCUGCUUUUAGAGGUGAGAGAAGUCUUUGAGGAAUCGCCAUUUCUUGUUACAGAGGACAGCGUUAGCAUCAUGGAUGGGUCUUAUGAAGGAAUUUUAGCCUGGAUCACUGUGAACUUUUUGACAGGGCAGCUGUCUGGCCAGAACCAGCAUACUGUUGGGACUCUGGACUUGGGAGGAGCCUCAACCCAAAUCACAUUCCUGCCACGGUUUGAGGAAACUUUGAAGGAAACCCCUGGGGAUUUUCUUACCUCAUUUGAAAUGUUUAAUAGCACCUACAAGCUCUAUACCCACAGCUAUUUGGGGUUUGGACUAAAAGCUGCCAGACUAGCAACACUUGGAGCUUUGAAUAUGGAAGCUGUGGAUGGACAAAUGUUCCGCAGUUCUUGUUUGCCAAAGCAGCUGGAGGCAGAGUGGCACUUCGGGGGAGUGAAAUACCAGUAUGGUGGCAUCAAAGAAGGAGAAACAGGAUUCAAGCCUUGCUACUUGGAAGUACUCAAGGUUGUCAAAGGGAAACUGCACCAACCAGAUGAGAUUCGUGGAAGUUCCUUCUAUGCUUUCUCCUAUUACUAUGAUCGCGCAGUUGACACCAACCUAAUUGAUUGUGAACAGGGAGGUAUUCUGGAAGUGAAAGAUUUUGAAAGAAAAGCCAAAGAAGUCUGUGAUAACAUGGAGAGGUACAACUCAGCCAGUCCUUUCCUCUGCAUGGAUCUCACUUAUAUCACUGCUUUACUAAAGGAAGGUUUUGGAUUUAGGGACAACACGCUCCUACAGUUAACAAAGAAAGUGAACAACAUAGAGACAAGCUGGACUUUGGGUGCUACCUUUCACCUACUGCAGUCUCUGGGGAUAACCUAUUGAGCUGUGACAUUCCUGUGGACUUCAGCAUUUCUGAAAGGCUGAGAAGGCAAUUGAAAUCUCCAGGUAUGUUGUUCAGCUGGAGUUGGUCACAGAGCAGAACAUGGACCAAAGCUACAGAACAGAUCUUCACCCCAGACUGGCAUCGUGCAUAAUGAGAGUUGCCACAGUAUGUCUUAUAAUUGUGAUUGCCAUAAAUGAUCCAGAAGCUGCCUUCUGAAAGUCAAAAGGCCUAAACUUCAGCAGAGUAUCUGCAAGGGGCUCAAAGCCAGCUUUCACCAGCACGUUUGGAUAGCAUCCCAUCGCUAGAAGCACAGAGAGUGGUAGACUGUUACAGACAUGUGAUUUCCCCUCCCCCUUUUAUUUUAAACAUCCAUAACUUAGGUUUGCUUGUGAGAUGUUAAAUACAGAAAUUAAAGAUGGCAUCAACAGUCAUUCAGAGAAAAGUGAACAACUCUGGAUGCUGCCAGCCUCAGCGUUCCAAGUACCUGGCUGUUAGUUUAGCUAAUACAUUGCAAGACGACUCCAGUCUUUCAAGAAGGGGCCUGCUAUAAGCGUGCUUUGGGCAUGGUUUUGGGAAAGGUGUUGGCUAAAACAUAGGUUGUAACUUACCAAGCAUUUCUUUAGGCAGCAGUCGUUUCCUAAGCAGAAUGUGUGCCUGACUGUGUUCCUUUUUGCUGCCCUUUACAAAUCUGUGCAGCUAUACUGUACAUCUGGCUACCAGACCUGAUAACUUGAUGCAUUUAGCAUGUAGCCGUAACACGUGGUUGUGCUGGCACAACUAGACAGCAGUGCCAGCUAUUUAAACUCCACUGCCAAAAGAAAUGUUUGUCAUGUUACACCCACAAGGAAAUGAAGGGUGCAGUCAGAUGAAAUGGCUGAUCUGAUAUCUCACUUUGCCGUGAGAGGCGGUUCUGUUUCUCCGCUCUCAGCAAGGCACUCCCACAGCCUUCCUUCCUCUGAUGCUGGUGCUCCUCAGGUUCUUUGGUGAACCAAUUCACGACACCAAACUUGAGUUAAAUUGGCUCACUGAAGAGUCAAGUCUAGUGCUAGCACAAGGGAAAUAGGCCUUGCACAACCCAGAGAGACCUGCUGGGCCAGUGAGCCGUUAGAACACCACAGCCCAUUUUGUUGAGUGAGCUCUAAGGUGUGGUUUCCCAUCUGAAAGUUUGGGCUUAUCGCUUCGUGUGCUCUCCUCAGGAACCUCCUCUGAAUGCAGAGCUGUGGUGAAACAAGUUGGUUUUUCAGUUAAUAGACAAAAAUAGGGAGAGCAUGGAAUUAGCAUCAGAAACAGAGGGAGAACAAGAGCAAAGUAGCUUUGCUUUCUUAUCCCUUGUUUGCUUAUCCCUUGUUCAUUUUAAAUUGUUUUAAACUUAAUUUCUCUUUAAUUUAAUAUAGUGGAGUUAGACCCAUAAAAUGGUGUGUGCAGCCCUGCAUUGCUCUGGAAUUGUUUUUAACAUAUAGAGCAGGGCUUUAGGAACAGUGCAUCCAAUGAAGGGGUUGCAGCUCUUUAGGAAGUCCAAAACUUCUGUCAGGAUAGCAUGAAGCUAUUCGAGUAACAGUUUAAAGUGAAUCUUGCCAUCUCUUUCACACCAAACACAUAGAAGCAGUGGAAGAUCAGUAUUUUAAAUAAAGCAUCUUGUCAGAUAGGCUAGAAAGCUGGGCUGUAGGAUCCUGAUUUUCUUGUUUAAUUGGCUGUAGAGAACAUCAAGAUUGCUCAAAUUCCUUGAGGCUCCAAGUGCAGACCUUGCAUUGUCCUAAACAGAAACAGCUGUAGAGACAACUUUUUCCAUCCCAUGAAAUAGCUGGCAGCUAGCUCAUCUGUUUGCUCCUAUUUAGCAAAAAAUUAGUAUCUUCUACUCACCAUGGAAUGUGUAACGUAAAGAUGAAUUUGCCCCAGUCAUAGGAACAGAGAGGUAUUACACACGUGACUAAGGGAAGCUUUUAUCCACUGAUCUCUUGCGAUGAACACUUUCCUGUCAGGCAUUUGCACUUACCUGUUUGCUGUAACACACCUUUCCCAAUUCUGUAAAACCAAAGACUGCCCUCACGCUACCUUCUCUGCAAACUGGAUUUGAAAAUAAUUGGCAAUUCCCAGCAAGGGGAGGAAGAAGCGUACUCAUGCCCUCGCUAAUCUUGCCAAGCAGUUUGGAGACUUAGAAAUUUGCCUUACUGUGAACAUUAGUCCACUUCCUCUAGUUAGCAGCGCAAGUUUGGCUGUGGCUGAUUAAGCUACCCCCUUCUCAUAACUCAGGUUUUAGAGCGCUAGGGUGCAAGGUGUGCCUUUGGUUGAACAAGUUCAGUCAGCAGCAGGAGUCCAAGGGUUGGGGAUGGAGCUACCCGUACUCGUCCCACCACUGACACCUUGCUGUAAAUUCAGGCUGUUUCUCUGAAAUAUGAAAUGCUCAUCCUACCUGUACUCCUCCUUACCAGAAUCUGUUUUGAGAUCCAUGUUGGGAAAUUCCUCAGUGUCACACCAAACUUCUGUUCCUUCCUCACUAGGAGCUUCUGUUUGAACAUGAAGAAAGUAGUACUUCUUCUCAGCCACAAACAUUUCUUAUUCCCCUUCCUAGUGUUUGGCAAAACUUAGUACAUGGUCUGGUCUGCACAACAAGGUGACUGCAAACACAUUCAUUUUGUCUUCAGUGAACAAUUGUAUUCAUUUUUGUAUUCUCAGAGAACACAAAGUAGGAUGCAGUGGUUACAAGCCCAGCUGCACUACUCCCGAGAACUAGCUAAUUUAAUAAUCCAAAAGUCUUCUUUCAGUCUGAGCCAGUGCUAUGACAAACUCUUACUAGAUCUUGGGGCUAAGAGCCAUAAGCAGUGAGGCUGUAUUUGAAACAGGAACAGAAGGUGGGAUGUUACAUGUAAGGAACAAGCAGCAGCAGCGUAUCUGCCACCUGAAUAGACGCUAGCCCUGAGGAGUACUUAAGGGUUUGGUUUUGUCUGAAGGGAGGAUGGUCUAGAACAAGACAGGUACCACGCAGGGGAAGUUUCUUUUCUGUGUUCUUUGCCUCAGGCUCUGGUACUACAAAUGCUAGGUGGGAGCAUCUGCUUCCCAGUACCAAAGUUGCAUUAAAUCCAAAUGCUCAGGGCCUUCAUUUGUCAGUGGCACAAUUCAUUACCUGAAGCAAAACUGCUGCUCUCCAUCAGGGGCCUGGUCCUGCAGUCAUGAGAGAAACAAAAACUCAGCUCAAAGGUUUCUUUUGCAAGAAAUUGCAGAAUUCAGCCCCUGCUGUUUACAUCUGAACUACUCAAGGUGGGUGGGGGAUCUAGAGAAGCCAGUCAAGUCCUCACACUUACCCUAGUGCAAUGAGAUUAUUUAUUAGCUUAACUAAAGACUAAGCAGCCUUUUAAGAGAAGAGUUCUACUUGCAGCCCUGAUUUUUAUCUCUUCCUUUGUAGUGUCUUUUAGCCAGUCACUAACAGGAACUGCCUAAUAUGAGUGACUGAAGAAGCACAAGUAAUGGCUUUCAGUUCAAAACUUAUGUUCCAUUCUUUCUGAUGUUAAUUCCUGAUACUGGUUAACCAUAUGUGUAAGUCUUGCCUGUGGGCAGUACUCACUCAAUGUCGUGAGCAUCAAAUGUCUAAUGCAGGAGGCUGGUGUUUGGAACCUAAGACAGAAUAUCCUGAAUGUCUAUUUUAGUAAUUAAAGCAUUUUUAACAGUA